GAUGGAGGACAUUCAGACCGAGAGUGCUUACCAAAAGCAGCCGGCAACCUUUCAAAACAAGAAGCGUGUUCUGCUGGGAGAAACUGGCAAGGAAAACCUCCCUCGGUACUACAAAAACAUCGGUCUAGGCUUCAAGAUGCCCAAGGAGGCCAUCGAGGGCACCUUCAUUGACAAGAAAUGCCCCUUCACUGGUAACGUCUCCAUCCGAGGUUGGAUCCUGUCUGGUGUUGUGACCAAGAUGAAGAUGCGGAGGACCAUUGUCAUCCGUCGGGACUAUCUCCAAUACAUCCGAAAGUACAAUUGCUUUGAGAAGCGCCACAAGAACAUGUCUGCGCACCUGUCCCCAUGCUUCAGGGAUGUACAGAUUGGCGACAUUGUCACCGUGGGAGAGUGCAGGCCUCUGAGCAAGAUGGUGCACUUCAAUGUACUCAAGGUCACUAAGGCUGCUGGCAUCAAGAAGCAGUCUCAGAAGUUCUGAGAGAACUCUAGCUAA